ACCCGAGCUCAAAAGGUUACCAAGUUGUAAGGAGCUGACUAAAACUUCUGCAGGAAGAAUACUGAAGAUGGAGCAGAUGAUGCGUCAAGUCCUAACUUUAUGUCUACUGCUGUGUCUGGUUCCACUCUUAGCCACGACACAAACAUCGUAUGCUUACGCCCAAGUCCAGGAAACAACACAAGUCGACCUUGUUUACUGCGUUAGCGACACCUGUUAUACCGUAUUUCCAACAAUGAUAGAAGGUUACACAGCUAUUCGAAAGUUCUGUGAAGAUCGAGGGUUAACGCUUGCUGUCCCUAAAACCCCCGAAGUGGUUCAACAGUUGGCUACGAACUUUGCAAACAUGCCAGUCGCGAUUGGGAUAUAUGUGAACGGCACUAGUCUGACGGACGAAUACCAAAACGUAAUUGGUAAUAGCAAUGAUUGGCCUUUCGCCACAGCUCCGACUGUCAACGCUAAUACGUGCGUUUUGAUGCGUAAGGGAGGUCUUUAUCAAGCUUCUUGUGGAAGUAGCAUGUUUCCAAUGUGUGUGUCUCGAGCUACAGGUAAUUAUAAAGAUGAUGAAGAGGAAAAUGAGGAUGAAGUGGAAGAUGAGGAUGAAGAGGAAGAUGAGGAUGAAGAGGAAGAUGGGGAUGAAGAGGAAGAUGAUGAAAAAUCAAAUGAGGAUGAGUCAAAAGAAGAUGAUGAGAAGAAGUCAAAUAAAAAAAGCGACAAAAAGUCCAAGGGUUGUCGUAGAAAACGCAAAUGUUGUUGUUGUUGUUGUUGUAAAGUCCAGAAAAGCAAAUGUGGCAAGCAGAAAGUCGCCGGUGGAAAACUUAAAGUCCAGAAAAGCUGGACACGCCGAUAUAGCAAAGGUGGCAAGCAGAAAGUCGCCGGUGAAAAAAAAAAAGACAAUAACUCGUUUGUGUAUUUUGCAUGCAGGUAAUGGGAUCGAUUAAAAUAGAACCUUCAUACUUUCGUCUUGAGAUAAUAAACUGUCAACUAAACUAAAGAAAUAUAGAUGUCGCUGAAAUCCAUUCUUCUUCUUUGGAGGCGGGAAAUUGAUUGUCAACUUUUAAUGUUAAAUAAAAGCAUUUGAAAAAAUA